AGUGAUAGCCUCAAGGAGCCCACAAACAAAACGUCCCAGCUACAAGGGUCUUACACUGCCUCCUAAGAUCCAUAUAUAAACCAGCACACUAGAGCACAGAGAUAUAUAGAAGACUCAAGGGAAGAGUGACGUUUUACAUCCGUGGACUUGGAGUCUUCAGAGUUAACAGGUUUGUUUUGCUGAGACCUGAGGACACUUGUUGGAGAAGCAUUUCUGAACUUUGCACAACACAGCACAGCUUUUGAAAAGAAUGGCGCAACGACAGAACUCCGACAAAGACCCGACUAUUGAACUCUUCAUAAAGGCUGGCCACGAUGGAGAGAACAUGGGCAACUGCCCUUUCUGCCAGAGGCUCUUCAUGGUCCUGUGGCUAAAAGGAGUCAAGUUCACCGUGACAACCGUCGACAUGAGGAAAAAACCAGCAGAGCUGAAGGAUUUGGCACCUGGGACCAACCCUCCGUUCCUCCUGUACAACGGCACCCUCAAGACGGACUUUAUCAAGAUCGAGGAGUUUCUGGAACAGACAUUGGCCCCUCCCAGGUAUCCACACCUUAGCCCACUCAGCAAAGAGUCCUUUGACGUGGGCGCUGACAUUUUCGCCAAGUUUUCCGCUUUCAUUAAGAAUAGACCAGCCAACAGUACUUUCCAUGAGAAGGCGCUGCUGCGGGAGUUCAAGCGUCUGGAUCUCUACCUGACCUCCCCCAUCCCUGAAGAGAUUAACCAAAACUCCAGAGAAAACAUCCUUGUCUCCAAGAGGAAGUUCCUGGAUGGCAACCAUCUCACCCUGGCAGACUGCAACCUGCUGCCCAAGCUGCAUGUCAUCAAGAUUGCUGCCAAGAAGUACUGUGACUUUGACAUCCCGGUCCAGUUCACUGGUGUAUGGAGGUACCUGAACAAUGCCUACGAGAGGGAGGAGUUCAGUCAGACCUGCCCUGCCAACAUCGAGAUCGAGAAGGCUUACCUGGACGUAGCCAAUAAGAGGCUGUAAACCUAUAAACAAUCUUUAGCCAACAAUUACACAACCAUUACACAACUAUUACACAACAUUUCCUCUUUUACUGUUACCAUGGAAAUGGUAAGCCAUUCACAAAACAUGAAGGAAUUUUGGGAGGGGCCAGCAAUCAUUAUUGAAAUAUCUCAUGUCAAAUGUUUAAAAAUCAACAUUUAUAAAUUCCUGUGUGAGGAUGCAGAUAGGCAUUCUAGAAAUCAAAGUUCACAAAGAGACCCCCUCCUGCUUAAUGUGCAUUAGGUUAAUUUAGCACUAGGGCAUGCACAAGAUGAACAACAAUGCCAUAUGUUUUACAGAGUGUGUAAGAGUAGGCUGCUACAGUAACAAAGGUCUAUGUAUGAAGACAAGUACAGACUAUUUAUUUCAUGUAAUUAUACUGGCAAAUUUCAUUAUAUGCCACACUAAAUAGGCCAAGUGUGCAAUUUGACUGUUUAUCUAAUUUAGUGAGUUUCUUUGUCCAUAGUGUAAAUAUAUAUUUCUUACCUUGUUGUUUAUUAUGACCUGCACACCCAUACUAUAAGAAUAUAUGAGUGUAUUCUAAUUAUGUUUAUGUGUGAUUGAAACUAGUGAUACAAAACCUAUUGUUGAUAGUUACCAUUACCACUCAUAAUAUUGAGCUCUCACCAACAACACUGCAGUCAAUUAGCAUGUAAAUAAGUUUAGGUAUCAGGAAAAUAUGUUUUACCAUAAUACAAUACACCUGUUCAAACUAUGAUGUGAAAGAAAAUGUCUGACCCUUGAGUGUGUAUGUAUGUUUGUUUGUAUAUAUGUGUGUGUGUGUGUGUGUGUGUGUGUGUGUGUGUGUGUGUGUGUGUGUGUGUGUGUGUGUGUGUGUGUGUGUGUGUGUGUGUGUGUGUGUGUGUGUGU